AUGCGCUCCUCAGCCGGAAUCCUCUCUGCUCUGGCAUCCAGCGUGCUUGCCGCCCGUCCAUUUCUGAACGAGCCAGACACCGGCCUUCAAACCAUACUUGGCAACUGGCCCAACGAGCCGGUGCCGGACUUCACAGAGAUGGUCGACCAGCCCAACCUGCCCAUCGACCAACUGCCACACAUCAACGUCACCGUCGGCCUGCCCGACUUGGAAGAAAUUGCCAGAAAGUUCCUGUCCCCCAAGAACUUUGCCUACUACCGGAACGGAGCCGCAGGAGAGUAUUCGUACCGCAACAACCUCGAGGUCUAUAAUCGUUACCGCCUUCGCCCGCGUGUAAUGAGGGACAUUUCCAAAAUCGAGGACUCUCUCCCGACGUCUCUCCUGGGACACAACUUUUCCGCACCCUUCUACAUCAGCGCUUGCGCACGAGCAGAUUAUGCCCAUCCCGACGCUGAGCUCAACUUCGUCAAGGCCGCCGCCGCCGGCGACAUCCUUUACAUGCCGGCCCAGUUCUCGGGAAAAAAAAUGUCAGAAAUCGCCGCAGCCAAGAAAGAAGGCCAGGUCUUGUUCCAGCAGGUGUACCUCGACUCCAACGACACCCUGACCAAGGAAUUAUUCAAGGCCAUCGAAGAAGCCGGGUCCAAGGCCAUCGUCUUCACCGUCGACUCCGCAGCCGACGGAAACCGCCACCGUGCGGCGAGAUACGGCGUCACGUCUGCAGAGUGGACCAAGCUCCCCAUCAUCAUCAAGGGCAUCAUGACCUACGAGGACGCCAAGCUGGCCUACGAGCACCACGCCCCGGCCAUUAUUCUCUCCAACCACGGCGGCCGGCAGCUCGACAGGUCCUCGUCGUCCCUCGAGGCCGCUCUCGAAAUCUUCAACGAGGACAAGGACCUGUUCAACAAGGAGAUGGAGAUCUGGGCCGACGGCGGCGUCCGCUACGGCGUCGACGCCAUCAUGCUCCUCUCCCUCGGCGUCAAGGCCGUCGGCAUAGGCCGCCCAUUCAUGUACGCCAACAUGUACGGCGAAGCGGGCCCCAAGAGGGUCAUCGACUUGAUGAAGCGCGAAAUCGCAAUCGACGCCGGAAACCUCGGCAUUGCCAACUUGAGGGAAAUCACGUCCGAAUAUGUGAGCCGCGCCCCUACUUCUCCCUUAACUGCCUCUCUCUCCUCCUCGUAG